CUGUUCGUUGACUAAUUCCUAAAGAUGUCUUCACGUUACGAUCGCGCUGUUACUAUUUUCUCGCCAGACGGACAUUUGCUUCAGGUGGAAUAUGCCCAAGAAGCCGUCCGGAAGGGCUCGACCGCGGUUGGUGUUCGCGGCGGCAGCUGCGUUGUGUUGGGGGUGGAGAAAAAGUCUGUUGCCAAGUUGCAAGAGGACCGCACAGUUCGCAAAAUUUGCAUGCUUGACCAUCACAUUACAAUGGCCUUUGCCGGCCUCACUGCCGAUGCGCGCAUUCUGAUUAACCGUGCCCAAGUGGAGUGCCAGAGCCAUCGGCUUAAUGUUGAAGACCAAGUUACUCUGGAGUACAUCACUCGUUACAUUGCCCAGCUGAAACAGAAGUAUACUCAGAGCAAUGGUCGCCGUCCCUUCGGUAUUUCUUGCCUGAUUGGCGGAUUUGAUGGCGAUGGCUCGGCGCAUUUGUUCCAAACCGAGCCUUCUGGUAUUUUCUAUGAAUACAAAGCAAACGCUACGGGUCGCUCGGCCAAGACUGUGCGCGAGUUCUUCGAGAAGAAUUAUCGUGAAGAAGAUGUGGUCACUGAGAAAGGUGCCGUCAAGCUGGCAGUUCGCGCCCUGCUCGAGGUGGCACAGUCGGGCCAGAACAACUUGGAGGUGGCCAUCAUGGAGAACAACAAGCCGCUGAAGAUGCUGGAUCGGGAAGUCAUCCAGGAAUAUGUGAACAUCAUCGAGAAGGAGAAGGAAGAGGAUAUCGAAAAGAAAAAGCAGAAGAAGUAACACACCAGGCACUCUUCAACAGAAUGCCUUCAAUU